AUGGCUGAAAGUGACAGUUCAUCUACAAGUCUCUCUUCUCUCACACCAUCUGAAGAGGAACAUGUUGCAAAGGUUGAAAGCAUUAAUGGACAUAAGAAGGUUCAUGGAAAGGAUUUCUGGCUAGUACGUUGGUCUGGUUAUGGACCGGAGCAUGAUACUUGGGAGCCGAAUGCUAAUUUAUUGAGUGAACAUGUUAAGAUUAUGUGCAAGGAAUAUUUGGAUAAUAAUAAAAGUGCUAGGAGAAGCCGUAACAGACGAUCGUCUGGAAAGGUGCCUCAGCGUCGUUCUAUUAUAAAAAAACCAAAGGCUGAAGAAGAAGAGCCUGUCAAAUCAGAACAACCCAAAGUCGGAGAAUCAUCUGAAAAGUCUGAAAGUGGAGAAGAGGCCGAUGGUACAAAUUCUGAGGGAUGGUUUGGAAUUAAACCUGGGGAGGGAUCGCGAGAACAACAACGUUUAUUUGUUCCAGACAGACGUCUAUCAAAGACAGAAAAGUUAUUGAGCGAAAUCAAUUGUUCACCUGGCGUUCGUGUCCUCCGAAAUCAGCUGAAACCCCAUUCUGGAGAUUUAAGUGAUGGUGCUUCAGCAUCAACCUCUCCAAAAAAACGUGGACGUGCUCCUAGAAGUUAUUUUUGUCUCUAUUUUUUAAAUAAUUUUUUAUUAGAAUCUGCAAUUGAAAAAUUACUCGCAACUUCUUCGGAUGUUUUUACUUCAGAAUCUUCUCCAGCAUUUGAUGUGGGACAAAAAACGGAAACUACAGACAAUGAGGAGGACAAAUUCAAAAAAGACGAAAAGAUUGAAAAGGUAUUUAAAAAUUACUAG